UCUCAUAUGGUCGUUGGCCAACGACCGCGCGUGUUCAUUGCCUACUAAUAAGCCACAGAUAACCUACACGAGACACGACUCACCGUUGGACCGACACCGGUCCCCAGUGCUUACAAUAUUUUUAAACAUAGCAGCGUCAUGUUGUUCCUGUGCUCAAUUUUAUUUGUCGUUACUUGUAAUGCCGAUGAUUAUGCACAAAGACCGAAUAUAAUAUUAUUCCUUGCUGAUGAUUUGGGAUGGAACGAUGUGGGCUACCACGGAUCGAACCAGAUACCGACGCCGAACAUUGAUGCACUGGCGUACUCCGGAGUGGCGCUACACAAUUACUACGUGCUGCCAAUAUGCACCCCGUCCAGGGCAGCGCUCAUGACCGGCAAAUAUCCUAUACACACAGGAAUGCAGCAUGGGGUCAUUUACGGGGCGGAACCCAGGGGAUUACCACUAUCAGAGAAAAUACUUCCCCAGUACUUGAAGGAGCUGGGGUACGCGACGCAUUUAAUUGGUAAAUGGCACUUGGGCAGCUAUAAGAAAGAGUACCUGCCGUAUAAUAGAGGGUUCGAUUCCCACACUGGCUUCAUCACGGGUAAAAUAGACAUGUAUGAUCACACAAACGUGGAGCGUGGAUCCUGGGGUUUCGAUUUUAAAAGAGAUUCAGACGCGUUGGUAUCUCAUGACCUAUUCGGGGUGUAUGCAACAGAUAUUUAUACAGAUGAGGCAACUAAGAUAAUAAAGGCCCACAAUCGAAGCCAGCCUCUGUUCCUCAUGGUGGCACACUCGGCUGUUCACAGCGGCAACCCUUACGAGCCGAUACGAGCGCCAGAGAGCGUCAUAGAAAAGUUCUCGUAUAUCAAGGACCGGCAGAGGCAAAAGUUCGCUGGAGUCCUCACUAAACUAGACGAGUCAAUAGGCGAGGUGGUAUCCUCACUGCAGUCCAACGGUCUACUGCAGAAUUCCAUAAUCAUAUUCAGUACAGAUAACGGCGGCGCCGCUGCAGGAUUUAACAGUAACGCAGCUUCUAACUUCCCAUUGAGAGGGGUGAAAAAUACAUUAUGGGAGGGUGGACUGCGGGGAGCGGGUGCUCUAUGGAGUCCGUUGCUGACGCACAAGAAUCGAGUGGCAACACAACUCCUACACAUUUCUGAUUGGCUGCCCACCCUGUACAGUGCAGCGGGAGGGAACACCAGUGUAUUUAAAAAUAUCGAUGGCAUUGACCAGUGGGAGGCACUGUCUAAAGAUUCCAAGUCGGAGCGGACUACAUUGUUGCAUAAUAUUGAUGAUAUUUGGAAAAAUGGAGCAAUUACUGUCGACCAGUGGAAGGUUGUUACAGGUACAAAUUACGACGGUAAGUGGGACUCGUGGUACGGUCCAGACGGUAGGGAAGGCAAUUAUGACGUCGAGCUCGUAUACAACGGGCUAGCCGGCCGAGCAAUACAAGAAUUAGGUCUUAUGCCGGAUAAAGAAAAAAUUAAAGAAUUGCGAGAAGCAGCGACUGUAAAAUGUAAGGAGCCCGCCUCACCAAUAGAAUGCAAGCCCUUGGAAGCGCCAUGUCUCUUCAAUAUAGAGGAAGAUCCAUGUGAGCAAAGAAAUUUGGCUGAUAAACAUCCAGAAGUACUUCAAAGGCUACUCAAAGAGCUAAACCGGUUGAACGCCACAGCGGUACCACCGAAUAACAAACCUUUAGACUUAAACGGAGAUCCCAAGUUUUGGAGUAGAAUAUUUGUAAACUUUGGUGAUUAUGAACGAUCUCGCACUAUCGAAUUGUAAAAAUAGUACAAAUACGACAGUCAUAAUAAUAAAUUUGUAAAAACUG